AGAAGGGUUCAUUAUCUGAUGAGUCCUAAAGACUUGGCCUUUUAUAAGGCUCAACAAACGCUCAUUACCCUUUUUAAGCGAUGUUCCACCAUUAAGCACAUUAAGCAGGUUCAAUCCCACGUUUUUCACACUGGUUUUCACCGUGACAACAUCGUCCUAGGACAAAUCAUUCUCUUCUGUUCACUUCACAAGCACAUGAACUAUGCUCUCUCUGUUUUCAACAAUGUCCACAACCCAGAUACAUUCAUUUGGAACACCACGAUCAGGGGGUUUGGUAACGCCCUACAACCUCAAAAGGCCUUUGAUUUCUAUCGCAGAAUGCUGAGAGAGAAAACAGCACUAGCGGAUACUUUUACAUUCUCGUUCUUGCUCAAAAUUGUUGCUUCAUUCGGACCCAUUAUUUUGGGGAAGCAACUGCACUGUAAUUUAGUCAAGCUUGGUUUUGAAACUCAUGCUUACGUUGGGAACUCCCUCAUGCACAUGUAUGGUAUGUUGAGGGAGGAUGAAACUGCACGCAAGGUGUUUGAUGAAAUGAAGGAUCCGGAUUUGGUGACUUGGAACUGUGUUAUAGAUUGUCAUGUGCAUUGUGGGAAGUAUAAGGAAGCUUUGGAGUUGUUCACAAGGAUGGUGGAUGCUGGGGUGCAGCCUAAUGAUGCGACUUUGGUGGUGACGCUCUCUGCAUGUGGUGCUAUUGGAAUGCUGGAUUUUGGUAGGAGGGUUCAUGAUUUUGUCCAAGAAACAGGUCUUGAUGAGGUUACAGAGGUUUCAAAUUCGCUUAUUGAUAUGUAUGCUAAGUGUGGGGUGGUGGAGGAAGCGUGCGAGACGUUCUGGAGGAUGAGAAGGAAGAGUGUUGUUUCGUGGAAUGUCAUGAUCUUUGGGCUUGCAACGCAUGGCGACGGACGAGAGGCGUUGGCAUUGUUUGCAAGAAUGUUGGAGCAGAAUGCAGUGAGGCCAGAUGAGCUUACGCUCUUGGGAGUGUUGUGUGCUUGUAGCCAUGGAGGAAUGGUUGAGGAAGGGAGGAGGUAUUUUGAUGUUAUGAACCGAGAAUAUAACCUCCAACCGACGAUGAAGCACUAUGGUUGCAUGGUAGACCUUUUGGGUCGUGCUGGUUUAGUUGAAGAAGCAUAUAGAUUAAUAAAGAGCAUGCCAAUGGAGUGUGAUGCUGUCGUGUGGAGGACGUUAUUGGCAGCUUGUCGAGUUCAUGGGAACAUUCUACUUGGUAAAAAGGUAAGGAGCCAUCUGUUGGAACUGAAAGCAGAUCAUAGCAGUGAUUAUGUUCUUCUUGCAAGCAUGUAUGCAAGCAGGGGUCAAUGGAAUGAAAUGAGCAGAGAGAGAAAAUCAAUGCAGGAAAGGCGGGUUCAAAAACCAGUGCCCGNNUGGCCCUUGAAAGAUUAUCCUAACUGUUGUACAUAG